UGCGCGGUGAGCUACGCUGAUGGGAACUGAACAAUUGCUAUGUUAGUUGCCAAACAAGUAGUCAGUUCUUACGAGAUCGUCUUGCCAUUCGGACAAAAUUAAAUUCGAGUCAAGCUCUAAGCGUUCGUUGAGUUGUGGUACCGUGGUGCACAGUGUUUAAAAUAAUUAUAUGAUUCUUAAGAACUAUGGGUCAAGGAUUUAAAACAGAAUAUUUCAUUCUUAUACUGUAUGUUGCGGCAUGUUGUGCCCAACAAACGCCUAGUCCUGCUAUUCUUGAUGACAUUAUUAGGGGCAUAUUUAACACAUCUUCCGAUAAUAAUACGCCGCCACCUGUAAUAUCACCCGUACCACCUAAUGUAACUCCAACAGUACCUGUAAUAAAUCCAAUACCACCUGUUGAGAAGCCGACGCCUUCGCCAACCUUAUACAAAUCGUGUGGAGUUGACAGAGAAUGUGUACCACGUUUCCUUUGCAACGACAAUAAAAUAAUUGAAGAUGGUACCAAUAUUAUUGAUAUUCGGCUUUUAGGUGAAGAGUGCUCUUAUUUGGAAGUUUGUUGCGAAAUAUCUAACAAAACUACAGAGCCAAUAAUCAAACCGGUUCCACCAAUUCAACAUGAAGGGUGUGGAUUCCGCAAUCCUGAUGGAGUUGGCUACAGAAUAAUUGGUGACAAUGAUAAUGAAGCACAGUUUGGUGAAUUUCCUUGGAUGGUAGCGAUUUUACGUGAAGAAGAAGCUGCUGCUGAAAUUCUUAAUUUAUAUGAAUGUGGUGGUGCAUUGGUAGCACCAACGGUGGUUGUAACUGCUGCUCACUGCGUUCUAAACAGAAAAGCGGAAACAUUGAUAGUCCGUGCAGGUGAAUGGGACACACAACAACAAACAGAAAUUAUUCCUCAUCAGAAUCAGCGUGUAAAAGAGAUUAUAGUCCAUGAGAAUUAUAAGAAGGGGCCAUUACAUAACGAUAUUGCAAUACUGAUAACAGAAAGUCCUUUUGAAUGGGCGGAAAAUGUUAGACCUAUUUGUUUGCCCGAUUCAAACAUAAAUUUCGAUCAUUCACUUUGUUAUGCAACUGGCUGGGGAAAAGAUAAAUUUGGGCGAGAAGGACAAUAUCAAGUAAUUCUAAAGAAAAUAGAUUUACCUGUGGUGCCACAUAAGCAGUGUGAAGAUGUUUUAAAAACAACACGUCUUGGCAUGCAUUUUAAACUUGAUCAGAGUUUCAUUUGUGCCGGUGGUGUAAAAGGUAAAGAUACUUGCAAGGGUGAUGGUGGUUCUCCUUUAGUGUGCCCUGUACCAGGUGUUAAGAAUCGUUAUUAUCAUGCUGGAAUUGUUGCAUGGGGCAUCGGUUGCGGUGAAGACAAAAUACCAGGAGUUUAUGGUAAUAUUCCUUACCUAAGGCAAUGGAUUAAUGAGAAAUUAACAUCUAGAGGAAUUGAUUUUAGAUAUUUUACUCCUUAAACUGAAAUUAUGUGUGUGUAUUAAUGUUUGACAAGGAGUUCUUACAUAUUUUUUUUAAAGCUUUAAUAAAACUAUUAGUUGUUUUUAAUAUAUAUAAAAUAAUGGGAAA